AUGAGCAAAGCCCGUGCUUGGGCGAUGACUCGCUCUGCUGUCACAACUACUUCAACGGCAGGCGACUCCGAGCGCAAGCUCAUUCUGCUCGAGACAACUAAGGAGGUUGAAGCGUAUUUACGCUCCUGCCCCACCGACCAAGCCUCCUCAGCCCGCGCUGUGGUCAUCUCGUCCUACAAUACCUGGGCUGUGCGCACCACCACCGAGAUCGACGAACAUGGCAAUAGAACCCAUCACCCCCGCAAGGCCACGUGCCAGGAGACCGACCCAAUGGCUAUAGACCUCAACUCCGCCGAAGCUGACGUCGAUGAAGACAUGUCCGACCCCGACGAUAUUGUGCCCACGUCGCCAGACAACCAGCUUCCGCUUCGAUGA